GGCGGCGGAGGCAGCACCGACCGCCCCCGGGCCGGCCAUGUCGGAGCCCGGCGCCCCCGCGGCCGGUGACAAAGCGCCCCGGCUCCAGGACCGUGUCCUUCGCGGGCUGCGCUGGGGCCGCCUCCAGGAGCCGCUGGGCUUCAUCAAGGUGCUGGAAUGGCUCUUUGCCAUCUUCGCCUUCGGCUCCUGCGGCUCCUUCAGCGGCGAGACCGGAGCCACAGUGAAAUGUGACAGUGGAGGGAUGACAGCCAUCAGCAUCCAGUUCGGGUACCCCUUCAGGUUAUACCAGAUUCCCUUUGGGAUGCCCAACUGCGAGGAUGAAUCAGAAGCCCGCACCCUGUACCUCGUGGGUGAUUUCUCCGCUCCCGCCGAGUUUUUCGUGACCCUGGGGGUCUUCUCCUUCCUCUACUCCAUGGCUGCUCUGGUGCUCUACCUCCGCUUCCAUUCCCUGUACACGGAGAACACGAAGCUGCCCUUCACAGAUUUCUGCGUCACCGUCUGCUUUGCCUUCUUCUGGCUGGUGGCAGCGGCGGCGUGGGGCAAGGGGCUGAGCGACGUGAAGGCAGCCACGCGCCCCUCCGCCCUCAUCGCUGCCAUGGCCGUCUGCCAGGGCGACGGGGUGCUCUGCAACGCCGGCACCACGCCGGCCAUGGGGCUGGCCAACAUCUCGGUGCUCUUCGGGUUCCUGAACUUCCUGCUGUGGGCCGGGAACUGCUGGUUCGUGCUGCGGGAGACGCCGUGGCUGCGGCCGGCCGCGCCCCGCGACAGCGCGGCCGAGCAGGGCGCCAUCGACAAGCAGUAGCCCCGGGGCCACCAGCCCGGGGAUCCGCCCGGCCCCCGGCACCUCGCGCCGGCCGCCAGCCCGGGGACGGGGUGUCGCUGUCCCCGCGGUUGGAGCCGCCGGGGGUUGGGAUGCUGAAGGGGGGCACGGAAGCCCGGGGGUCCCGCUCGU